AUGUCAUCCUCUGUUGAAUACGGAAAGCCCUACGUACAAUACAUCGAAUGCGACGAAGACCUGUCCCCAAGCACAGCAACAGUUCCACGGUCCUCAGUGGACACGUACGCAUCCACAGAUUCUUCAGACGAGGACGAAGAAGAAGUCGUUGCCUUGGAACGAGAAGGAGACCUUGCCAGAGGCCGUGGCUGCGACUACAUCCCGCCAUUACCAUCCUACUACCAUGAAAUCACCGAGCCCAACGUGCUCGCUUCCACCCCCAGGGAGUUCGCCGAGCUGUACCCCAGCAUGGACCGUCUUUCCAUCCGGCACGACGACUUCACCACCGACGGCAAUAUGAACCUGCGCGUGGACACCAUGGCCGCGCACAACCGCCGCAACGGCAAGAGGGUGGCCGUGCAGCUCUUCCACCUGCGCAUGUACGACCUGGCCAAGCGUGAGUUCUCCCUCCGUCGGUAUUGCCGCGAGUCAGGCCGCGAGGUGUGCAACUCGAAGCGCAGGGAGGACCACGACGUCUCGCUCAGCAGCAACGGCCGCCCCACCCUGCAGCGGUCCAUGUCCACGGCCAUGAAGAGCCUGGCGCGCCCGCACCACAUGCGCCGACACAACUCGAGCGGCGGGUCGUCGUCGUUGUCGAACCCUGCCGCCGCCCAGGGCGACAGCACCAAGCGCCCGGCCACCUCCCACUCCGACACGAGCGUGGAUGCGGGCAGCGUAUCGUCUUGGUCCUCGGGCGGCGGAGAUCACCACAAGCAGGGCCAGCCUCGUCCCAGCAGCAACGCCAUCAAGCUCGAGUUCAGCAACUAUGCGCGCGUGGACGUGGAGCGGAAAGGCUCCAACAAGAAGAACACGCGCUAUGAGUUUGCGUGGUGGGGCCACAAGUAUAUGUGGAAGCGCGUGGUCGAGAAGCACCUGGAGGGCGUCGUCUCGUUCCAUCUUAUUCGCGAUGGCCAGCCGAACCCUGUUGCGCAUAUCGUGCCCGAGACACGAUCGCCCAACCAGGUCGAAGAUGACGAGAGGGCCGGUGGUUGGGUCCCGCCCUGCUUUAUGUGGAUUAAUGACCAUGGUGUUCUUGAUGCUGCUACUGAUGUUGCCGAUGUCAUCAUGGCAAGUGGUCUCAUGGCUCUCGUCGACGACUGCAUCAGAGAGCGCUGGCAAACCAAGAAAUCAUCUCGCAUACCCGUUCUGGGUGAGAUCGAGUCAACAGGGCCUCGUGCCUUCAUGCAUCGUGUCUUUACGCAGCGCAGGUCAUCAGGGGACCAUCAUAACCACCACAAUAGCCCACUCCGAAACGCCAGCCCUAUUCCUGCUUUCUAG